UUUUGCAGGUGGCCUCUCAAGACAAGCGCAAGACAUGCGCAAGACAAGUCUUUGUACUUUAUGUGUGCGAGUCCAGAAGGAAAUGGCGGAUAGUGUAGUGUGUUUUGCUGCUGGUUGUGCGGGGGGUAUAGUGCUGAUGCUCUGGCUGUUAUUCGAUGAAUAGUGUGACGUAUUUCAUAAGAAACAGUAGUUUCAACAAACAUAUUCAGAAUGGAGAGCUCUUCUGAUGAACUUCCUGAGAAAGAGCCACCAUCACCUGCUUGGAAAGAGGACAUGCAGAUCCCAAAUGGUGAAAAUUUUCAUGAAGAACUGCAAUCAGGUGGAAAAAAUGACACUGCAGCAGGAGAGAGUGUAAAGCCAUUGCUUCUAAGUGAAAAACUGCACCGAGUUCUUUGUCUUACCGAAGAAAGUGAUAUGAAAUUGGCUCAAGAAAAAGUAGCCAAGAAUUUUUCCAGUGAGACUUCCAGUAUACGGUGUUUCAAAAAUGAUAAGCUUCGAGCACAUUCUGUUCUGCCUGAGAGCCAGAAUGCAGUACUCUUGAGUGAAGAACUGAAGAAUGUCCUAAGCUUUAAUGAAGACUGUGUGGAAAAAGACAAAUCAAAGGCAGAGCCUUUUGAGAAUAGUUAUGGAAAUGCAGAGAGUGAGAAGACUGUCAACAACAGCAGUUCAAGGGUUCUGAAAAGACCCGUUCGCACUGCAGCCAGAAGAUUGAGGAGUCACACUCGUAGCAGAAGAUUCCAACAUGAGAGAAAUGGCCUGGGUUUUAGUGAUGAAGCAGAUGUUCAUGACGUUCAUUCUAGUAUUACAAGAUUCAGUUCCAUUACUGACCUACAACAUGAUGUGUCAGUACUUCACAUAAAGAGGAAGAGGAGCCAUAGUGCUGAUUCUAGUGACUUUCCAGCAUCAUUUUCUGAUAGUAGUCCACAUGCCACAGAUCCAAGCACUGAUGAAGAAUUGCCAACGUGUGCAACAUGUGGAAAAUGUUUUCGCAAGAAGUAUGCUCUUGUAAAACAUGUCUUCACACACGUUCCAAAUGUUAGUAAACCACUGUAUGUCUGUAAAGAUUGUGGAAAGGUAAUUCCCACAGCAUCAGUUUUGAGAAAACACAGACGUAUCCAUCUUAAUGAACUUCCCAAUUCAUACACCAGUAGCAGACGAUCAGUUUCAUCUCUUCAGACCAGAAAAUAUGAAGAGGGGCCACUAGCUGAACGCACAUAUCGGUGUCCGUACUGCUUCCGUUCAUUCAAUCAGUUUGACUACUUUAGAAGACAUCUCAAUGUUCAUUCUGGGAGGCACUUUGGCAGACACAUCUAUAGGUUACGCAACUGAGUAAUUUUGCCAGUGUUAUCAUUCCUAUAGCUUCUAGGAAUUUUUUGAUGAGCUCAGGGAAUUAGUGUGAUGAAGUUUAUAGAGUUGUUUCUUACCACUCAUCAUUUACAGCGUGUCACCCAAAACGGUUGCAGAAUGAAAAAGUGAUUAUGGGUCCACAAAUGAUAAAUAUGCCAACACAUUUAUAAGACAAUGAUUACUAAAACAAGCUACUCCUUAAACAAACAUUAUCCCAGUUCCAAUAGUUGUUGGGACACAGAUAGAUGAAUAGAAUAAUAAACUUGGUUCAGUAACAAAUGACCGGAGAAAGUGGUAUUAUUUGAUGGUGCCUGAUUGGUAGCAGAAGAAAUGGAAAAACUAAAGGAAGCUGAAAGUCUCCAUAGUAUUUAGUUCCUGAAUCUCAUGGUUUCAGUCACUACUUGAGUGACUGCACCAUUUUGUGUUUGUAUGGACUGAUGAUGAGAGAACCUUGGAAAUAUGAUGUGGUAGUAGUUUGUGUAAGAAAAAUACAGCCAGUUAGGUUUGUUAGAUUGUAAGAAGUAAAUAUAGUAUCAGAUGCCAAUAGGCAUCUCAAGUGAGCAGUCCUGCGUUAUAUAAUUGGGAGAAGCAGGAUGGUACAUUGCUUGCCUCUGUUCUCCCACAGUUUUAUUAAUUUGAUAUAUUUUGUGUUACUCUGAAAUAUCAAUAUUACUUUUGUAAAGUUAAUUAGUUAUUUGUGAAAAGAAUGAUUUUUUAAUGAAUUACUUGUACACAUGUUGUAGACUUAUGUUUUAUGUUUUUUUUUGAAUAUUUAUAGUACCCAGAAAAUGGCCUCCUUUUGUAAUAUUUCUCAUCUAACAUAAAUGACGAUAAAAUUUGUGUGUGUGUGUGCAUACAUUUAUAAAUUCUUUAUGGUAUUUGAUCUAAAUGACUUUAUAAUUUAAAUUUUACUUGCCUUUAUUUUCUGUAUGUUUAAUGUUUUGUUCUGUAAUGCACUUCAAAAUGUGCAAAAAGAACAAUGUUUGCUCAAUAAACAAACUUUGUGUGUGUGUGUGUGUGUGUGUGUGUGUGUGUGUGUGUGUGAUUUUCCCUUCAAACUUCGAUUAAUGUAGAACAGUUGUUAGAUUUGUUAUUCCUAGAGACCGGAAAAAUUUGCAUUUUGCGAUAAAUAGAUCCAAAUUCUGCCUCGAGAUGCGAAAUUUCUUAAUAGGCGCUGUUUCAUAGCGAAUUAUAUCCAAAUUAGCUAUUUAUUAGAGAUAGUUUGAAAUAGCUUAUUUUCUGCUUUUUAAUGUCGAAAAUGUAAGCAGUUACUGGCAUUGUACAUCAUCUGGUGACCCCCAGUUUGGAAAGAUAAUGUAUACAAGAACCUACUUGCAAAAUAUAGUGUACGAAUGCAUCAAUGUGCUCAGUGGUUUGGUGCCAUGCCAAUGUAGUCGAGACUGGUCUGUUCAAUAUAAACGUCACAUAGUGCAACGUAGUACUCAGCCAUGGGACCUAGCAUUUUAUAAGAAACAAAUGCAUAUAUUUGUUUGUUUGUUAAAGCUCAAAAGAUAGUACGCUGCAGACAGUUUUAAUGUGGCAAAUUAGGUGGCAGAUGUUUUGAACUGUAGUUGCAUCGAAUACCGCUAGAGGUCAGGCCUGAACAACAUUGUUAACAAGCAGUUGUGUGGUAUUCGUCACCAAAUGCUUUGUGUUGUACGUUGCUCAUUGUUUUCUUUUCUUCAUUUAAAAUAAGUGAAGUGACUAAUCUUGGUUCUUCACGGAUUUUGAUUACAACCUCAACACCACCAGAAGAGAUCGGCAGCCCCUGUGACAAUGUGUCAGUUCUGCUGUAGAAUGCUACCCAUCAAAAUGAAGGUGCGGUUUGUUGGGCCCCACGCUCCUUCCCCUGUGGCGGUCAAUAUUCUAAUCUGUUCACACUAGUGGUCCUCUGCAAUUAUUACCUAUAGUGCCCGCCCUCUGUGCUAUAGCAAUUGUAGAAAAUAAAAAUCUGUAACUUUUUUGAUGGCGUCGAAAUUCUUCCCCUAGCUUGAAAUUGAGUUGCCAAAUGUUCGGGUCUACUUCUACGGUAAGUGCCAUGUCAGUUCUAUCUGUGUCAUUGGGUCAAGCAUGGGUCAUACAGCUAUGAAUGUCCACAAAAGGUCAAAGUUAGUAGUCUGUGGAUUUUUUAAUCCUCAAAUUGGGUGGGAAGGACAAAUAAUGUCCAGAAACACCUUAUAUCAGACACACAUUCACUUAAACAGCAGGAAAAUGCUGCUGCUUUUCAGCAGAGCAAUCAUUUCUGAAAGCUCUAAUGCAGCUGCUGGCUGGAGUGGCAGAGCGGUUCUAGGUUCUACUGUCUGGAACCACGCGACCGCUAUGGUCACAGGUUCGAAUCCUGCCUCGGGCAUUGAUGUGUGUGAUGUCCUUAUGUUAGUUAGGUUUAAGCAAUUCUAAGUUGUAGGGGACUGAUGACCUCAGGAGUUAAGACCCAUAGUGCUCAGAGCCAUUUGAACCAUCUAAUGCAGCCAAACACAGGCCAGUUGGGAAGAAAAUAGCGUUGAAUUUGUUGCAAAAGCAAACAUUCCAUUCAAAAAGAACCAAAUCAGUACAUUUUCUAACAGUCAAUUUCAAAUAACUAAUAAUUUGUUUGUCACCACUUGUGUUGCGUGAUAACCUUUCAAGUCUUUUCAUCUAAUCAUUUACAAACAAAGAAAAUAGAUGAGAAUUUUGACAAAAAUAGAUGCAAAUUUUGCCAAAAUAGAUGCUGUGUUUUCCGGUCCCUAGAUUCCUAAAGACUUUUUUAUUUCAUGACUUUACCAUAUGUACGACUGUCAGUAAUAUUGUUCCUUUAAGUGUGUUUGUGUAUGUAAUAGAUAAUUAGCAUUCCAGCUUUGUUAAAUCGUAAGUUUAAGUGGUAUAUUUUACUUAUUGAUGUCCUUCUUAAAGCUUUGUAGUUCUGUGAUAAUGGAGUCAUAUUAAAACAGGUAGUCUACCAUCAAUUAUUAAUUGUUAUUUUAUGGAAAAAGCAGAAAAUAGGCAAACUGAAACCUAGCUCAGUACUGUGACUUUUGGUGUCCUUUUAUCAUAUGUCCUUAUACACCCUCUGUCAUGAGACGUUAGUCACCAUUAAGAGCUUAUUGUAUGGUGCCACUGAUAUUCUUAGUUUAUUUAUGGGCUCUUUUAAUGCAUCUGUUUAAGUUCCCCUGUACUUUCAUUCAAGUCUCUGGGAGGUCAGGUUCAAUACUGCUACCACCGGCAUGUAUUUGAACUUACGACUGUUGUCAAAUUUUGCACAAAUGCCAAGCGCGUGAAAUUAGGCAGUUACUCGAGAAAUGUUAUGUUAGAUGUUUGAUAGUUAGGGCAGAUUAUGGAAUGGGAAUGCAGUCAGGUAAAAGGUCCUCUGAUAAAAGCCACACUUAUCUGUACUAUUAACUCUUUAUUUACAUUCUUCAUUUAAAUUAAAAUGUCAUUAUUAUUAAUUGAGAUAAUAUUAAUUUAAUGCCAAUAUCUAUAUACUAAAAAUGAUGAUUAA